AUCAAUUGAGUAGCAGCGAGUAUGGAAUCGAUGUCCAGGAUGAAACAUUACAACGCGGGGCCUAGCCAUGCGGGGCCUUGCCUCCUGCCCUCGUCUGAUUGCAUUUACUUUAAUUCUCAGCUUAAGUUGAAUUUGUCUUCAACUGGCUCACUACUUUGAAACUUUUUUUUACUUUAAAUAUUUCUAUGUUUUUUUUAUUUCACCAGGCAUAGCCCACUUGAGCUACACCGCUCUUUUUCAGAAGCGACCUGCCCACAACGCAGUGGGCUUUUCAACGUGUGGAAAUGUUUAUCGGUCAAAUACUCUAAACGCGUGGUGAUGUUGACUCUAAAUGUGCAGGGAAAACCGCAGGAUCCGGAGGAAAAUCCACGCGACCACGGAGAGAGGACACGCAAACUCCAAAUAUACAGCCAUAAUACAUCGCAUAAAUGAAUAAAUAUGCCGUUAACCCCGCCACCACCCGACACAGCCAAUUAGUCAGGGUUUAUCACGUAAACAGAACGUGGCCAAUGCGUCACUAGUACAACACUAGUGUGUAGUGUAGUGUAUAGUGGAGUGUAUAGUAGUGUGUGUACUAGUACAGCAUAUCGGUGUGUUGGAGAGCCAAGCCACAACAAUUACAAUCUGAGUACAACGUUUUGACAGUAAUUACAACCAGCUUCAUCAGACAGCCAAAUGUUGCGGCUUGGCUCUGUGGGAAUAUAAAUCGGCUCACUGGGUUCAUAGUGCAGCACGCUAACCGUUGCACUACCGCUCCCCACUCACGCACACACUUUAUCGGAAGUAUAGUAUCUAGUAAUAACUAAGUUUCCCGGCUUAGCUCAGGUCUCAGUAAUCAAACAUUAAGAGUAAUGUCUUGCCAUGCUGGCUUUAUUACAAUUAUUGAAUUCUGCAAAUGAAGUCUGUAAAUGUGCGUAUAUUGUCACGGUUUUGUGGUUGUGUUAUACAUUAGCACGGCUUGUUUGUUUCAUAAUGAGGACAGCUUUUAAAUACGUUACCCUUGGAGAGCUUCAGGAUAGACAAUGUUGGAUGUUUUGCCAUCUGGUAGUGUUGGCACAAUUUGGUUCCCAAAAAAGUUAACAUGCACAAAGUUUGCUUCAUAUAGAUUUUCCCAUGUUUUGUCUUGGAAGUGUUUUUGUGUAUGGUUUCUCAAUGGUAAUUUCAAUUGUUUAGUUUUUUUUAUUUUCCUUUUACCUCAUGCCAUUAUUUAGGUAAGGCUUAAGUAUUGAAUAUCGCACUUUUGGCUUUGCGAGGCACUUUCCCAGAUCGUAACCUCUGAUAUUCAAGGGGCUGAGGAGUGCCGAUUUUCAGCAAAAACUAGAUCUCUGCUUUAUAGAUGUAAUUAAGGCAUAUAGUACCAUAUAGAGGCUUGGGGCUUUGGGUUCUUUGUUUUUUACGUCUCUGCCUCUGUUCACAUUCUUUGAUGAUUUUUAUGAUUUUGGGAAAGCCCGUCUCGAGUUGUGUGACCAGGAGUCUGAGUCAUUUCCUGUUCAACUUGGCUUGUGACAGAAAUUCACUUUGGCCCCAUGCAUUACAUUACAGAGCAUCUUCAUAUAAUUGUCGUUUGAGAAGCUCUCAAUGGCUCUAGAAAUAAAUAGCAUUUGUUACGGUUAAAAUUAUAAGCGCAUCGAUGCUUGGUUAUAGUUAAGGGAUCGUUCCCUGGUCAACCAUGUUAUAUCUGCUGAUGAUCUGGUAAUGGCUGCUCAAUGAGAUGGGGUUGGAGAAUCUUGUUCUGUGGCUGGAUAAUUCCAUCAUGAAAUGGGGCCUUUCGUAUGUUCCACAAAAUAAAUCACCUGCCUGGGAAUUUGAUUUCAUACAACACUUUUUCCUGCUCAACUCUCCAUGAGUAAUCAGACAGUUCUACAAGUGGUGGAGGAGCUCCCAUACCUGGUUAAUGUGUUUUCACGACCAGCUUUGGUUUGGCAGCCAAAGUCUCACUUAAAAUUAGUCGAGCAGCAUUCUUUCAUUAGACUGUACUGUGUAACACUGUGUGGAAGCUGCCUGGACUUUUGCACCAUACAAAGCUGUGAGUGUCCAUCAUCAAGGUCUAGUCUGUCUGAGACCAUCCCUCUCCCUGCCAUACUGGCAUCGCACCUGCCUCUCACUCUUCGUACUGUGGAUGGUGGGCGCACAGGACGGUGCCAUGUAGCCAUUCCAGGCUGGGUCCAAAUGGGUUACGUGGGUCACCAAGCCACCAGGCCUCAUUCCACGAGUGAUAUCAAUAUACAAUAUAUGUAACGAGGCCCCCCAAUAGACUGCCCCUGGAACUGUAUCGGGCACCUCUCACUGAGGGAAGUCCCCGGGGCCCGGGCCAGGACAUUCUGGUGGGAUUGUCUCUUGGCUGGCUUUGGAACGCCUGGGAAUUCCCCAGGAAGAUCCAGAGUCUGUCACCAGGGAAACGAAGGUCUGGAGUGCCCUACUGAAUGUGCUGCCGCCACAACGCUCACCAAGACAAGAGGAUUUAGAAAUAAACGAACGAACAAAGCUGUGAGUCUUCUUGGCCACAGAUAUUACUCCUUUCUCUGUGGAUGCAAAAUAUUAACUUACUUAAAGGACUGUCUGUUCUGGCUUAUAAUUAAGACUGGCCAGCCUAUGAUCCCCUCUUUUGAACCAAAGAAGAUUGUAUUAGAACCUUACAGAUCCCUAAAAUAUCAGUACAGAACAUAAUCAGCGAGUUUCUUUGGCAGGCCAAGCUGCAUUGGUUGGGUCAUGAAUCCCGCAUAAACAGACAGCAUGCUCAAGCAUCUUCUGUUAGUCCAGGUGUUACGAGCUAAACACACAUGGCAUUGGCUUGAAAAGAGAUUGGAGGAUGUGGAGGUGAUCAGACCUGCUGAUGACUGGUACCAGGAGUGUCAUGAUCGGCCUCUGUGGAGGAGGCCCGUGAUAUAUGCUGCAGGGCAGUUGGAGAUAUUUGCUCUGCAACAACAGUGAGGUCGGAGGAGCAAUGCUCACUUGAAUGGGUGGAACGCUGGGUGCCUAAAAUGCAGCAAGACAGGGGGAAGCACAGCUGGUGCAUCUGUCAAUCAUCUCAGUCAUUCAUCCCUUGACACCUGGAUCAUUGCCAUUACCUGCUGACAAGUGAUCCACACUUACAUGGCAUUCAUGUGAAAUGUAUGUGUUGUGAGUUCAACUGAGUCGCAGACGCACACUUGGAGGCAACACAUUUAUUUAACACCAACACACGGUGUUACUGCCCCUUAGCAGAAUAACAACCUGUGGUGGUAACCACCAGGCUAACUGCACUAAUUACAACGUAACGAGCUACGGACCGGGACCACGGCUCGGGUCCAGUUCCACGUGUUGUAGACUUGGUGGAACUUAGACGAAGGUUUUUUCAGGUUGAACAACAACGCCGGUCCCUCUGGGGGACCCGGCUUAUAUUCUCUGCGGUGUGGCUGGCUCCGCCCUUGGCCACGACCACCUUCCAGAAUCCUCGAGCAGGAUCUGGACCCCGACCACGUGACCACCCCGAGCGCCCACUUUGGGCCCCUUUGUGCCCUCUCGGGUCAACCAGAGUGCCAUCGCCUGUCGUAACCUCAUUCCUACAACCGGCACUCCCACACCCUAUCCUGUAGGGCCAGCACUGCAUGCCAAGCGUGGUGCCAUCCUGCGCUAUCAGUCAGCGCUCACCGAUCCCCUCUAGGGCCGGUACUACACCCACCAUCGUGGUAUCCGCGAUGUCGUUACACCGCACGCCAUAUUUCUCUAGGGCCGGCACUACACAGUGACAUCCCGCGAUGUCACUACAUCUGUAAGAGUUUAUUUAUGUGGGGAGCGGUGGCGCAGUUAUUACACUGUGUAACAAAAAAACAUUUUGUUCCUGUAUUAUGAAAUCAAUAAUUAGAGUUUGAUUAUCUCCGACAACAAACGUAAUUGAUAAGUUAAAACGUAACUUCUUGUGGGUCUCGGCUAUGUUGAUUUAUCCUCCAUUGGUGAAGUGAGUGAAGCAUUAAUACUGAGCAGAUUAAGGUGGCCAGGCAUGGUUCUGGACACACCACCAUCUUUUUACCAUGCCAGUGUGUGACAGUGUAAAGUAUAUUAACUCUUUUGAACACGGAGGUUAAAUCAAAAUAAUAGUUUAUUUUUGUUUUCCCCUGGAACUUUUUAUAAGAAUGGAAACAGGAAAUUAACACGGCACAUAUGCAGCUGAAAUCUGAGCCUGGCUUCACACCUCUAAGUUGCGAUUGAACAUUAAUUUAUGCUUUUCUGCAUAAUUCAAACAGUAUUAUUUUCAACACUCUUUGCUUUGUUAGCCGAAUUUAGCUUUCAUAAAUAUUCAUUUUCUAGCCAGACAACCGAAAUUGUGUGCUUGGAGUUUUGGGUUAACAUUCAUUUUGAAGAUACUCGGGCUUCCAGGCAUAUUUAUGACCAUUUGCCCUCUCAGUGUUUGUCAUAACAGCCCGUGUGAUGAAUUUGCUAAUAUUUUUCACUAUAUCAUGAACAUAUGAAUAAGUAUAGACGUGUCAGUCAUGUGUAACUGUGUAUAUAUGUAUUCCUCUGUGCCUCGAUACUUACGUAGAUGGUGUGGAUAUUCUCUUUUUUCUGUCUGCAGCUGACGCUUCCUCUGCAGAAUUGGUCUGAUGGAGCAAAGGCGCUCAGCGCAGCGCGGUACAAAAAGGCAACAAUGCGACCAGUGUGCAUACAGCACGGAUCGUCCUGGCUAUUUGACACAGCACCAGAGAACUCACACAGGAGAGAAAAUCGUUAGGUGCACGUGUGACAAGUCAUUUGCAUGGUCAGCAAGUCUUAAAAAACAUCAGAGAAUACACACAGGAGAGAAACCCUUCAAGUGCAGUGUGUGUGGGAAGGCGUUUUCACAGUCAUAUAAUCUUGUAUCACACCAGAGAACACACACGGUAGAGAAACCCUUCAGGUGCACUUUGUGCGGGAAGGCAUUUGCAGACUUAUCAAAUGUUAAACAACACCAGAGAACACACACGGAAGAGAAACCUUUCAAGUGCACUGUCUGUGAGAAGGCAUUUUCAUGUCCAUCAGGUCUUAAUUGCCACCAGAGAACACACACGGGAGAGAAACCCUUCAGGUGCACUCUGUGCGGGAAGGCGUUUGCACAGUCAUCAAAUCUUAAAAGACACCUGAGGACAUACAAUCAUCAGAAGAUCCCCAAGGAGUGGAGUCUGAAAUCGGCUUGUGAAAGUCAAAGUGCUGCAAUCAGCCCAUCCCUCAUGAAACCAGAACUAAAUCCCAGCUUGGACACUUUUAAAGGUAUCAAGGUGAAAUGUGAAGAAGUGAUGAGCAAAGAAAUGAAAUGUGAAGUGAUGGUGAAGAGCGAAAAAGUGAUGGUAAACUGUGAAGAUGAAGAGUCAACUCCGAAAUUGGACCUUCACAUCGAGGGUGGCAACGUGAAGCAGGAGGAGAUUUCUGACUGUGAGGCAGAGGGAGGCAACUCCCAGCAGUUUGUGGAAGUGGAGGUGUGGGUGGACUUCUUAGACAAUACAAAGUCAAAUGGAGACCCGGUAAUGGAAGUCGGCCCGACGGGAGCUGAGGAGGUUGAAGUCGCAGCGGCAAUCCCGGGCGAAAUGGCCUCGUCGGCCACACUUAAAACAUGUGGCUGCCGCCGCCCGGCGAUCGGUCCCCGCUCGUGGACGUCCGGCCCUGUCACGCUGCUCGCGCGGCCAGCGUUUCGGGACCCAGCGAGGAACAGCUGCCAUCACCUCGUCGUCGUUGGAGUCGUUGGAGCCGUGGACGACACGACCCGCCAUCGGCGGCUCGUAGAACUCCGCCAUUUCCGCGAAGCGUCACGCAGCGUCUUUUUCUUACUCGCCGAGAUGGAGCGGAAGACUGCCAAGGAGACGUCGUCCAAUAGCGUGGGCAGAGCCUCCAGCGCUUCUGCCUCCGUCCAUCGCACCGACCGAAAGGCUGACUCGAACCGCCACGUGAACGCGCAUCAGUCGCCCCCGCCAGAGACGUCGCCUCGCCGGCCUGUCGUCGAUGCGUGGUGUCGGGGAGAGCGGCAGACGGCGGUAGAGGACUCGUGGCUCCCAGCAGCUCGUCCUCAUCCGCCUCGACAUCUUCAUCCGAUGGAGGAUCCGAAUAUUCCGUCUCCAGCAUCUGCUUCAUCUUCCGACGACGAUGGCCUUCCUCCAACGGUGGACCUGACUCCGAUGGAGGACGAGAUCCGUGCUGGGACGAGUGCGGGUCCGGGGGUCCAAGAUGUCGCCGCGUCGGCGGACCCGUCUGCACCGAAGGACGCGGAUUUAAGAUGGAGUCAGAUGGCGGAGCAACUUGAAACACUCAAGAACGUACUUGCACAGUUGUGUGAGCUCGUUACGCCGAGGACGGCGUCGGAAGGAGACUUUAACCUGCGCUGGUGGAAACAAGUUACGGCGUGGACGGGGGGGCCCAUCGUCGAAGGGGGAGCCUUGGGUUGGGACCCCAAGAAGGCAGUUUAUGUGCCUGACGAGAGGAGCCCGCAGGAGCUGUCAGCCGCCGCUGCUCCGUGGCCGGGCCGCGGUGGGCCGGGACCGCAGGCUGCGCCGCCGAUACGGCCGCGUCAGGACGGGGUGCCCGCCGCGCGGCGCAACGACAUCGAAUGUUUCCGCUGCGGGCGUAAGGGCCAUUACGCCAGGGACUGCUGGGCCCGCGUCCCUGGUUCGCCCCAGCAGGAGGCCUCGGCAGCGGCCGCUCCAAGGAAGGAUUCUCCAGCACAGUUCCUCUGCAGAUUUGGUCUGAUGGAGCAAAGGUGCUCAGCACAGCUCGGUACAAAAAGGCACCAAUGCGACCAGUGUGCAUACAGCACGGAUCGUCCUGGCCAUUUGACACAGCACCAGAGAACUCACACAGGAGAGAAACUCUUCAGGUGCACUCUUUGUGACAAGGCAUUUGCAUGGUCAUCAUGUCUUCAAAAACAUCAGAGAAUACACACAGGAGAGAAACCCUUCAAGUGCAGUGUGUGUGGGAAGGCGUUUUCACAGUCAUCUAAUCUUGUAUCACACCAGAGAACACACACAGGAGAGAAACCCUUCAGGUGCACUUUGUGCGGGAAGGCUUUUGCAGACUUAUCAAAUUUUAAACAACACCAGAGAACACACACGGAAGAGAAACCUUUCCAAUGCACUUUGUGUGAGAAGGCAUUUGCAUGUCCAUCAGGUCUUAAUUGCCACCAGAGAACACACACAGGAGAGAAACCCUUCAGGUGCACUCUGUGUGGGAAGGCGUUUGCACGGUCAUCAAAUCUUAAAAGACACCGGAGGACAUACAAUCAUCAGAAGAUCCCCAAGGAGUGGAGUCUGAAAUCGGCUUGUGAAAGUCAAAGUGCUGCAAUCAGCCCAUCCCUCAUGAAACCAGAACUAAAUCCCAGCUUGGACACUUUUAAAGGUAUCAAGGUGAAAUGUGAAGAGGCGAAGGUGAAAUGUGAAGAGGCGAAGGUGAAAUGUGAAAAAGUGAUGAAGAGCGAAGAAGUGAAGAUGAAAUGUGUAGAAUUGAUGGUGAAGAGCAAAGAAGUGAUGGUCAACUGUGAAGAUGAAGAUUCAACCCCAAAAUCGGACCUUCACAUCGAUGGAGGCAACGUGAAGCAGGAGGAGAUUUCUGACUGUAAGGCAGAGGGAGGCAACUCCCAGCAGUUUGUGGAAGUGGAGGUGUGGGUGGACUUCUUAGACAAUACAAAGUCAAAUAGAGACCCGGUCGAUGUGAGAGAGAAACCCUUCAAAUGCCCUGUGUGUGACAAGGCAUUUACACGGUCAUCAGGUCUUUAUAGACACCAGAGAACACACACAGGAGAGAAACUCUUCACGUGCACUGUGUGCUGGAAGGGGUUUUCACAGUCAUCCGGUCUUGUAUCACACCAAAGAACACACACGGGAGAGAAAGCCUUUAGGUGCACUCUGUGCGGGAAGGCGUAUGCACAAUUACAACAUCUACAAAAACACCAGAGAACACACACGGGAGAGAAACCCUUCAAUUGCACUCUGUGUGGGAAGGUGUUUGCACAAUCACAACAUCUACAAAAUCACCAGAGAACACACACGGGAGAGAAACCCUUCAGGUGCACUGUGUGUGACAAGGCAUUUUUAAAUUCAUCAGUUGUGAGGAAGCACCAGAGAACACACACGAGAGAGAAACCCUUCAGUUGCACUCUAUGUGAGAAGGCGUUUGCACAGGCCUCUGCUCUUGUAUUACAUCAGAGAACUCACACGGGAGAGAAAUCCUUCAGGUGCACUGUGUGUGACAAGGAAUUUUUAUAUCCAUCAGUUCUAAGGAACCACCAGAGAACACACACGGGAGAGAAACCCUUCAGUUGCACUCUGUGUGAGAAGGCGUUUGCACAGUCAUCAAGACUUAAACAUCACCAGAGGACACACAAGCAUCAGAAGAUCCCCAAGAAAUGGAGUCUGAAAUCGGCUUGUGAAAGUCAAAGUGCUGCAAUGAGCCCAUCCCUCAUGAAACCAGAAGUAAAUCCCAGCUUGGACACUUUUAAAGGUAUCAAGGUGAAAUGUGGGAAAACCGCAGGAUCCAGAGGAGAAUCCACGCGACUACGGAGAUAG